AUGUCAUCAUGGGAGCUGCAGUUGCUGGAGGUGCUGGAGCAUUUCUCGCUUGGACAUUUGCUGGGAAAAUUCAUGGAUGCCGGUGUCUCUUGUGAAGACUUCCUCUCUCUUCAGAUUGAUCAAUACACCAACUACGGCAUUACAGAUGAUGAGGAAAAGAUAAAUCUGUAUCAGGCAAUACAGCACCUUCGACGGGAUGUAAAGUGCAGAAAACCAUCACUCACAGAUGAUACACUUUUGUUAAUCCCACCAACCUCUUCCACAGAGGGAGAGGAAUUAUUAGAUGAAAAGGAUGGACGAGAACGGCAGUAUACUUCACGUGGAACUACUGUUCUUAUGCCUUCUGCAGACAGUAGAGAAAUUAAAAGGCGCAAAAGCCGUAUUGUUGUGGCCGUACGAAAACGACCCCUAAGUUCUAUUGAAGCACAGAGAAAUUUCACAGAUGUUAUGUCUACCAAUGAUUGUGAUGAACUUGUUCUUGCAGAACCACGACAGAAGGUGGAUCUUACCAAGUACACCCAUACACAUCGAUUCUUCUUUGAUGAGGUGUUCGCUGAGACGAGCACAAAUGCAGAUGUCUACCGACGGACGGCGGCAGCACUUAUUGAAACCGUAUUUGAAGGUGGAUGUGCCACUUGUUUUGCAUAUGGACAAACAGGAAGUGGUAAGACGCAUACCAUGUUGGGAACUGGUACAGAACCUGGUUUAUAUGCUCUAGCUGCAGAAGAUAUGUUUACACGUCUUGAUAGCAGUAUGGAGUUAUAUGUUUCUUUUUAUGAGAUUUACAGUGGGAAAUUAUAUGAUUUACUUAAUGGACGACAACCAUUGCGUUGUUUAGAAGAUGGCAAACAGAAUGUAAACAUUUGUGGAUUAACAGAGCACCGGCAAACAGAUGUUCGCAGUAUUAUGCGACUUAUUGAGGGUGGUAAUCGUAUUCGAAGCAGUGGUACAACAGGUGCUAAUGAUACAAGUUCACGUUCACAUGCUAUUCUUGAAAUUAAAGCAAGACAACGUGAUGAUAAUAAACUGUUUGGAAAAUUUACUUUUAUCGAUCUCGCUGGAAGUGAAAGAGGUGCUGAUACUAUGGAUUGCGAUCGACAGACACGUAUUGAAGGAGCACAAAUUAAUAAAAGUCUACUGGCAUUGAAAGAAUGUAUUCGUUCACUGGACUUAAAUCGCCGUCAUGUUCCUUUUCGAGGUUCAAAGUUAACAGAAGUAUUGCGUGACUCAUUUGUGGGAAAUUGCAGAACUGUGAUGAUUGGUGCUGUCUCUCCUUCAAGUAAUAACUGUGAACACACACUCAAUACCUUGCGAUAUGCAGAUCGAGUAAAGGAGUUAAAGAAGAGUCACAGUGAACGGCGUCCUCUUGAGGAAAAUGAACAGACAGAGAUAGUCUUUGACAGGAAACCGCCUAUGCCUACACCGAGACCCUCUGUACAUGGUCGACUCUCAGCUCCACCACUAGGAGUGGUAAACAUCACACACACAGUGUCUGGUGGUGUGGAGAGUAAGAAGAAUAAUAACAUGAGCAAUAAUAAUAAUAAUAAUAACCACAUCAGCAGUAGAAGCAGCAGCAUCAACAAUAGCAACAACAAUAAUAAUAAUACCUGCAGUAACAGUGGUAUCAGCAAUAGUAGAUCAAGUGGAAGGGUGGCAGCUGUGGGAGGAGGAAGACGUUCAGGCACAACACGUAUGAGUGGUGUACUCUGCACAAAAGCUCCUGAAUGCUCCCAUGGUGAGUGCAGUAAUAAACGUUGCCGUGAGGAUGAUGAACAGCAAGAAGAACGAUCACGAAAGAGUGUCGAUUUGGAUCUUGGUGUUCGUUAUGAUAAGAUAGUUGAUGAAAUUGUCAAACUUGAACAUACUUGUGUCCAGGCACAUCGUCAAUAUCUUGACGAAGACAUGAGUUUCAUAAAGGAAGAGUUUUCCCAGAUUAUGUCUGUGGAAAUGCCAAAUUCUAAUAUUGAAACCUAUGUGAACAGAGUAAUGGAUAUUCUUGGGGGAAAGCUUAAAGCUAUUCAUCACUUUCAGGGGCAAUUAAUGCAGCUGCGAAGUCUCCUAGAUGAGGAAGAAGCACUCUCCCGUCAACUCGAAGAGAUCGGACAGUGA